AUGCCAAGACGACGAACCACCUCCCUCUCCUCCGUACACUCCCAGACAUCGACCGCGCUGUCAACCCUGAACCCCCGAUCUGGGAACGAUGCUCUAUUACCAAACCGAACAACAACAACAGCAGCACCACCAGAUCAAGAACUCGACACUCUCUAUGACUACCUCGUCAAAUUCAUCAUGAUCGGUCCCUCCGGCUGCGGAAAAUCCUGCCUCCUCCACCGCUUUACACGCGGCGAAUGGCUAGAACUAACCUCGCACACAAUCGGUGUCUCACUGAGUUCUAAAAUCGUGAGUGUCGGCGCGGGACCUCGACGGAAGAGGUUGAAGUUACAGUUGUGGGAUACGGCGGGACAGGAGCGGUUUAGGGCCGUCACGAGGAGUUAUUAUCGCGCGGCGGCGUGUGCGAUGUUGGUUUUUAGUUUGGGGAGUAGGGAGAGUUUCGAGGCCCUACCGACAUGGCUCACAGACACCAAGGCCUUGGCGAGUUCGAAUGUCUGUAUCGUCCUCAUCGGAAACAAAGCCGACGUGGACGCCUCCACCGACCCCGCAGAAGGUCGGAGAGAGGUUUCGUCAGCUGAAGCACAAGCGUGGGCAACGAAACACUCGCUACCGUAUCUAGAGGUUUCGGCACGGUCAGACCUAAAUGUCAACGAAGCUUUCAUGCGUCCCGUCCGCGAGCUACUCACCCGCGUCGAACUGGGCGAAAUUCGACCAGAGGAUGCGGGGAGUGGGGUACAGUAUGGGGAUGCGGGGUGGAGGGGGAGGAGGAUGAGGGGGACGAGUGUGGCGAGUUGGUGGGGUGGGGGGCAAGAUUGGGAACAGCCGUUUCGGUUGCAGCAACAGAAGAUGUCGGGGAGGUGGGGGUGUUGUGGGUGA